UUUUCUUAAAGGAAGACCUAUUUAUUCGAUGAUUCAUUCAAGCUUCAGGGAACGUAUUAUAGCCACAGAAGUAGUCUUACCGCCCGCUCCAAGAAGCCCGGGCAGUCACGAGGGGAGUUUGUGAGGCGGUCUCAGAGGCGCGCCCGGGGCACGCUGGGAGCCGGGGCACCUUGGCCGGCCUGACCCGGAAGGGCUGGUGCGUGGUAACCCCGGUUGCCGUAGCAACCGAGCCGCGCUAGUCCUAACCAUCCGCAUCCUCCAGUCCAGCCACCUCCCAAGAUGCCGCUGCAGGUGAGCGAUUACAACUGGCAGCAGACAAAGACAGCGGUGUUUAUCUCUGUGCCUCUCCGGGGCGUCUGCGUCAGAGACGCGGACGUGUUCUGCACAGAAAACUAUCUGAAGGUCAACUUUUCUCCAUUUCUAUUUGAAGUGUUUCUCUAUGCACCCAUAGACGAUGAAAACAGCAAAGCCAAGAUUGGGAAUGACACUAUUGUAUUCACAUUAUAUAAAAAAGAAGUGGCCAUGUGGGAGACCCUUUCUGUGUCAGGAGUUGACAAAGAGAUGAUGCAAAGAAUAAGGGAGAAAUCUAUUUUACAAGCUCAAGAAAGAGCAAAAGAAGCUACAGAAGCAAAAGCAGCAGCAAGGCGAGAAGAUCAAAAAUAUGCACUAAAUGUUAUGAUGAAGAUUGAAGAAGAGGAGAGGAAAAAAAUAGAAAAUAUGAAAGAAAAUGAACGACUAAAAGCAACUAAAGAGUUGGAAGCCUGGAAAGAAUGUCAAAGAAAAGCUGAAGAACAAAAAAGAAUUCAGAGAGAAGAGAAAUUCUGUGAACAAGGAAAGCAAGUUGGAGAAGAGAGAAACAAAUUAAAACAUAAAAGCCUUACUAGAAUUGCAGCAUCUAGAAAUCUUGCCACAAAAGGAAGAAAUUCAGAAAAUAUAUUUUUGGAGAAGUUAAAGGAAGACAGUAUUCCUGGUCCUCGCUCUGUUGGAAGUAUUAAAAUCAGCUUUACCCCUAGAGUAUUUCCAACUGCUCUCCGAGAAUCACAAGUAGCAGAAGAAGAAGAGUGGUUACACAAACAAGCGGAGGCACGAAGAGCACUGAAUACUGAUAUUCCUGAACUUUCUGAUUUAAAAGAAGAAGAAAAGAACCCAGAAUGGCUGAAGGACAAAGGAAACAAACUGUUUGCAAAAGAAAACUACUUGGCAGCUAUGAAUGCGUACAACUUAGCCAUAAGACUAAAUAACAAGAUUCCACUAUUGUAUUUGAACCGGGCGGCUUGCCACCUAAAACUAAAAAACUUACACAAGGCUAUUGAAGAUUCUUCUAAGGCACUAGAGUUAUUGACACCACCCGUUGCAGACAAUGCUAAUGGAAGAAUGAAGGCAUAUAUACGACGUGGGACAGCAUUCUGUCAACUGGAAUUAUACAUAGAAGGCCUACAGGAUUAUGAAGCUGCACUUAAGAUUGAUCCAUCCAAUAAAAUUGUACAAAAUGAUGCUGAGAAGAUUCGGAAGAUAAUUCAAGGAACAGAACUAAAAUCUUAAUGACUGCUGAAGCAACUAGGUAUUGUACUAGUUAUUGUUUUAAGUUUUCCAAAAAUAAAUGGAGGCAUUAGGAAUCUUUGUAAAUAUUACGGCUGAUUGUGCAGAAUCACUUUUUUUUCAUUCUCUAGUUCUGUAGAUGGUAAAAUAUUAUAAAUCUAUAGAAAAUGAAAUGUUCGAUUUGAAUUGUUUCUGAAUGAGUAAAUCAAACUAAGAAUGAUUUAAUUCUUUGCUGCUUCAAUACAUGGAUUAAUUACAUAUAUAUUUUGUUGUUGCUGUUACUAAAAUCAGCUCACCCUUAUAACUAACAAAAUAUUUCUUCGUGUGAUGAGUACUAGGACAUUACAGACUCAUUUCUGACAAAGUAAAAUUUGAAAAUAGAAGACUAUGUUUAUAAUUUUUUAAAUUAAAUGUACUACUUAAUUGAAUGAUUGACCUUAGUAUAAUCAGUACUGAUAUUCACCUAGUAUUCAAAGCACAAAACCUUUACUUCUCCAUCCCACUGUGGGAGGGUAGACCAGUUCAACCUAGCAAAACAACUGUUUGGAACCCCCCCCUUUUUAAAAGAUCUUAUUCAUUUAUUUGAGACAGUGAGAGAGGAAGAGCAUGAGCAGCAGGGGGUAAGGGCAAAGGGAGAGGGAGAAGCAGAUUCUCUGCUGAGCAGGGAGCCCAACUCCGGACUUGAUCCCAGAACUCUGGGAUCAUGUGAAGGCAGACACUCAACAGAUGGAGCCAUCCAGGCACACUGUUUAAGAAGACCUUAUUUUUGACUUUAGUUGUAUGUAGUGUUUUCCAAGGCAUUGAUUAUAUUUCAUACUAUCUGGUGAAGAUAAGUUUUCUAAUGAGAUGUUUUCUAGUAGCUUCAAGUAUAACAGGAAAAAGAAAAAGACAGCAAAUGUUAACAUAGAAUGUUAUAAUACUGGCAUUGGAUUGUACCACUGUUUGUGUUGUACCACAGCAAAGAGGCAAGCAUUAAGCAAAACCAGUACAGCUUCCCUUUUGUAUAUAGUAGUUAUCACAAUUGUCUGAUUAUAUUUAUAGGAUGUUUAGAAAUACAAAACACAAUAUUUAGGAAUAAGUUUUUAUAGUAUUUGGUAAUCUGAUGUCAUUCAAAUGGACCAUAAAACAGCUUCAUUCUUCUUUUUUUUUAAACCAAUAUUUUUCUUGAAUUUGUAAGGGUAUCCUAGUUCAGCAACCUUGAGACUUACUUUUAUAAAUCAGCCUUAGAUAAAUUACAUAGCAGCCUUGUCCAGUUAAUAGACCUUCUAAUAAGAUAGCAUUGCUUUUUCUUAUGGUUUGUUAUUUUAAAAUAUAAACAUUACCAAAAUAAAGAUGGGUCUCCAUGUGUGUCAAAUACCAGUUUGAUAUUCAAAAUAUGUUAACCAACCUAGUGUUUCUUCAGGCUCUUCUUAUUAGCAUCCUCCACCCACCCACCCCCCAAAAAAGACUACAACCAACAGCUACCCUAAGGGCAGAAGAUCUAUCCUUAGUGGAAAGAAGGGAUAGUGUUAACUAGUUAUUUAUUAAUAUUUUGGGCCCUAUUUUCUAAAUAAAGUCUUGGACUAUAUUUACUCAACGGACAAAUUUGUAUUCACAAAAUACUUGACCUCUUUUGAGCAAUCUCCUAUUGUUUGCAAGGGACGUUUUGUCUUAAGUUGAAGUAGGGAUAGAGUUGAAAUCUUACUACAACAUUUCUAUGUCCUUUAUGAUGAAAACAUAC